AUGGAUCAGGGCAUUAUAAAAGUCCUUAAACAUGGCUACAGAACACGAUUUAUACAUCGCUAUCUUAAGGAAAUGGAAGACCCUGACAACAGACAGACAGACAGACAGACAGAAAAUUCUAAAAAUGGUAGAAAUGUAUUUAAUUACUUAUUUUUAGUACCCCUCAAUCACUUUUAUUACAAAAAUAUAAAAUGUACAGACAUCUGCUAUUUACAGUUUUAUUAUAUGUAUAUAGAUGUGAAUAACACCCAAAAAGCGGCCCUAAGUGAUGACGAUGAAGGUGAAGGAGAGUCAAUUCCGAUUUUGUCAAACACAGAGGCAUUAUCAGCAGUAAACGAUUUAAGGCGCUAUGUAUCUUCUUUCGGGAAAAGUGAAGACGCACUGCAAAAGUUAAAUUGUAUUGAAAGCCUUGUCAUUAAUAAUGCAUCAAAAUCCUUUCGUCAAACCAAAAUAAGUGAUUAUUCUAAGUAA